AUGACGCCCACAAACGCCUCCUCUCCAACGAAUUUGACACGGGCUUCAUCUGUGCACGAUAUCAAUGCAGACGAUCCACCGUUUGGAUCUAGAUUCCUCACCGACGAGUCCCUAGUCUUCACACAAAACGCAUGGGACCACGUUCCUCCUCCAACAGAUCAAGACGAAACCAUCGCUACAUCUUUAGCCAAACAGCGUCUCUCACCGGUACCCACACAAGAUAGAGCCAAGUACAACGAGAAACCAGCUAGACAUUGGGACAAUUUCUACAAAAACAACACGAGUAAUUUUUUCAAAGAUAGGAAAUGGUUGCAUAACGAGUUCCCCAAGCUAGUCGAGUCUACCAAGGCUGAGGCAGGUCCGAUGAAAAUAGCAGAGAUAGGAUGUGGAGCAGGCAACUCGGUUUUUCCUCUCCUUGCUGCGAAUGAAAACCCUCAACUCGAGUUGUACGCGUACGAUUAUUCAAAUCAUGCUGUCAAGCUGGUACAAAACAAUCCACUAUAUACAUCUCCGCCCGUUGGAAAGAUUCAUGCAGCUGUGUGGGAUCUGUCAUCACCAGAUGCUCUACCGCCUGGCGUGGAGGAGGGAUCGGUUGACAUCGUAGUGCUGGUUUUUGUGCUGAGUGCAUUACAUCCUGAUGAGUGGGAGCGUGCAGUUUCAAAUGUGCAUAAGAUCCUCAAACCAGGUGGCCUAGUCUUAUUAAGAGACUAUGGUCGAUACGAUCUCACACAGCUGAGAUUCAAGGCGGGAAGAUUGUUGGACGACGAGUUUGGCAAUUUUUACAUCCGGGGAGAUAAGACGAGGGUGUACUUUUUCGAAUUGGGUGUGCGAUCUUGCUUCAUACUUUCUUCAAACGAAUGUUCCAUUCACCUCGCCACAGAUGAGCUGGCUGAUAUUUUCACGGGCGCACGACCCUCUCCUAUCUCCGCGACGAGCACAACAACGACCACAGAGAUGGAAGAUGAGGGACUUGAACCUACAAUCGUUGAUGAAGAAGUUCCAGCCCCGCGGGUUGGAACACCCCUACUGACAAAUGACCCACAAAUUCAUCCACGUCUUCUCGAACCAUCUUCGCUCCACCAUCCCCUUUUUCAUAUCGAACAGCUGGGUAUUGACCGUCGCCCGACCGUGAACCGGAAGCGGCAACUGAAGAUGUACCGAGUUUGGAUGCAAGGCGUUUUUCAGAAAGUGGGUCGAACAGGCGCGGGGGAGACGUUGUGA